GGCACUCUAACUACGCAGCAGGUCUCGUCAAUAGUUUAUCUUCUUUGCCGUAUCGAUCUCAAGUCAUUCGAUUCUUUAAUCUCUCUCUCUCCUUUUCUUUUUCUACCACAAGCGAUCCUCUGACUCGUUGAUGGACACCAUUUCUGGAUUCGAUGAUUUCUACGAAAUCAGCAGCACUAGCUUCCUCGCCGCACCGGCACCAACCGAUAACACCGGAUCAUCCACCAUUUACCCUACUACAGACCUUCUCACCAAACCCGAGGUCUCUGCGUUUCAACUCCUCUCAGACAGCCUCGAGUCUUUAUUCGACUCCCCGGCGGAAACGUCCUACAGCGACGCGAAGCUUGUCCUCUCCGAUGACCGUGAAGUCUCCUUCCACCGUUGCAUUCUCUCCGCGAGGAGCCCUUUCUUCAAGGCAGCGUUGGCGGAAGCCGAGAAGGAGCAGAAAUCCACACCCGUGAGGCUCGAGCUGAAGAAACUCGCGACGGGAUACGACGUAGGGUUCGAUUCCGUGGUGGCGGUUUUGGCGUAUGUUUAUUGCGGGAGAGUGAGGCCGCCUCCGAAGGGUGUUUCUGAAUGCGCAGACGAGGGUUGCUGCCACGUGGCGUGCCGUCCGGCUGUGGAUUUUAUGGUGGAGGUUCUCUACUUGGCUUUCGUGUUCCAGAUUCCGGAGCUGGUUACUAUGUAUCAGAGGCAUUUACUAGAUGUUGUAGACAAAGUCAUCAUAGAGGACACUUUGGUCGUUCUCAAGCUUGCUAACAUCUGUGGUAACGCGUGCAAGAAGCUAUUCGACAAGUGCAGAGAUAUCAUCGUCAAGUCUAACGUGGACGUUGUUAGUCUCAAGAAGUCAUUGCCUGAGGACAUUGCGAAGCAAGUAAUCGCUAUCCGUAAAGAGCUUGGCUUGGAGGUGUCUGAGCCAGAGAGACAUGUCUCGAACAUACACAAGGCGCUUGAGUCAGAUGAUCUCGCCCUCGUCGAUAUGCUUCUGACAGAGGGACACACGAAUCUAGACGACGCCUAUGCUCUCCAUUUCGCUGUGGCGUACUGCGAUGUGAAGACCGCGACGGAUUUAAUAGAACUGAAGCGUGCUGAUGUCAACCGGAGAAACCAGAGGGGGUACACGGUGCUUCACGUUGCUGCGAUGCGGAAAGAGCCAACGCUGAUAGCAUUGUUGUUGACGAAAGGGGCUAAUGCUUCGGAAAUGUCUUUGGACGGGAGAACUGCUCUCUUGAUCGCGAAACAAGUCACUAAGGCGGCAGAGUGUUGUAUUCUGGAGAAAGGCAAGUUAUCUCCUAAAGGUGGAGUAUGUGUGGAGAUACUGAAGCAACCAGAUAGCAAACGAGAACCCUUUCCUGAAGACGUUUCUCCCUCUCUUGCAGUAGCUGCUGAAGAACUCAAGAUAAGGUUGAUCGAUCUUGAAAACAGAGUUCAAAUGGCUCAAUUUUUCUUUCCAAUGGAAGCACAAGUGGCAAUGGAUAUCGCCCAAGUCAAGGGAACAAGCGAGUUCAUGACAGCACCGGACAUAUACAUGGGACCUUUCAAGUUCCUAGAAAUGCAUCGGAGUAGACUAGCAGCUCUUUCAAGAACUGUGGAACUCGGGAAACGGUUCUUCCCACGCUGUUCAAAAGUGCUAGAUGAUAUUGUGUACGCUGAGGAUUUGACUAUACUAGCUUUGAUAGACGAAGAGACUCCUGAGCAACGACAACAAAAGAGGAAAAGGUACAUGGAAAUACAUGAGACUCUACAAAUGGCAUUUACUAAAGACAAUGAGGAAUUUAAAAAAUCGUCUCUCUCAACUUCGUCUUCUUCCACAUCAAAAGCAACUGCUAAAAACAGGUCUAAAGCUAAACCUUCUCGCCGGCGUCAGUGAGACUAUUUGUUUGGGCUAACAUUUGAUGUACCAUAUAUAUAUUUGAGUUAUCAUGUUUCUUAGUGUCUCUCUGUCUAUCGUUGGCUCGGGUCAUAUAGUUUUGUUCUUCACUUUGCAUCCUGUGUAUUCCCACAGCGUGUAGGUGUGUCUGAACUUUGAAGCAAAAGCUGUUAACUUUUGGAAUCUGUGAUAUAAUUAUUUAUGUACAUCAAUAAUAAAACCAUGAUGGUGUUACAGAGUGUUUUAGAGUCAAAGUGCGA